AUGAGCGGCGUCAAGAAUCUUCGGGCUAUGUUCGAGCAGAAAGGGGAGUCGAGCCCACCAGACCGCGGAAGAUCACCGGGUCCUCUACAACACCGACAACCAAAUACGUCAGAGUCCCCCCGACCUUUGUCCAAAGUCAGAACCAACUUCGUGGCCAUCGAGAAGGACGGUCGAAUCGGCCUGCAACGCGAGACGAGUACCGAUUCUGCCCUUUCAACGGGACGGAAACUCAGCACUGGAACUGAAGGAGAGACCCCACCCGUCUUCCCUCUCAAGUCUGGCAACCUCUUUGGUGAGAGACUUGACCGAGGAAAAACACCAACCAUGGAUCCGAUUCCACAGUCUCCCGCUAAGGAGGCCGGCGCGAGCCAGGAACCUGCCCCCGAGACCAAGGCAGCAGAAGCGAGCAAGACUGCUCAAGUCGAGAUCAAGACGGAUAAAGGAACAACAGCUGGCAAGGUUGCCACAAAGGACAAGGCGGAAGGCCAAUCGAUAUCAGCUCCGGAGAAGAAGGCCGAUGCGGGAGCUGGCAGAGCCCAAAAUGGCCAAAAUGGCACAGCCGUGAAGAAAGUAGAGAAGAAAGCCCCGGCUGCAAGUGCCAGUAAGACUGCGUCCAAACCUGCUCCGGCCUCGGUUGGAACGAAAUCCACGACGAAACCACCUACAAAGUCGCCUACUGUCGCAAAGACGCCCACGAGCCCAGCCCACCCCAGGACUCCCAAGUUCCCGCCCAAGGCAACCGAGAAGAAAGCCUCCCACCCCGAGAAGCAAUCUACCCCGAAGCCUGCUUCCACUGCCACAAAAGCGACAGCUUCAUCAUCGAGUAGACCCCCGGCAAUCGAGAUAUCCCCGUCCUCGACCGGCUUCGUCAAACCCAAGCCGAAGUCACCGACGCGACCGGUGAGGUUGCCCGCCGGACUCACCACACAUACGGCAGCAUCAGCCUCGAGGACAGGCGCUCCUCGACAAUCGCUUUCCCGCCAGUCGGGGAGCUAUGCGGCCUCUCACUCGAAUCGAUCACCUAGCAGGGCAAGCAUCGCUUCAACGACUCUGUCUGCUACGGGCACCAAGAACCUCAAGAGGCAGAGCUCGACGAUCAACCGACCGCGGCCUAGUUUUGGUCCGCCGCCAAAGCCGCAGGCCAAGGAUCACCCGGUGACUCGGAAAGAAAAGGAGGUUGAUGAAGGCUUCCUCGCCCGGAUGAUGCGGCCCACACAAGCGUCUGCCUCCAAGACUGCGGACAAAUCACUGCACCCCCCGACGCCUCCAAGAAAGGCGACUGCUCCUGCGGCGAAGCGGCCCUCCACUCGAGAUGGUCACCCUGUCGCGAAGAAGGAAACGGCCCAUAAGAAGGAGAUCGCGAGCACGACAAAGGCGCCUGUGGUCAAGUCUGCUCCCGCCGGCCAUUCCAAGGAAGCGCCCAAGUCAGCAGCAAAGGCCAUUGCGCCGGUUGCGGAGAAGGCGGCCACUGCCGAAGAUGCUGUCAAGGUUGCACGGGAAGCCGAGGGUCACCUCGCGCCCGCGACGGGCCACACGACUGCCGAAGACCUGGCGCCUGUUGUUGAACAAGCUGCGACCGCCGAGACUGCGAUCCGAGUUGCCAAGGAGGCAGAGGGCGAGGUUGCGCUACCUCGAGAACCGCCUGCCGAAGCUGCCGCGCCUGGAGCAGAGAAGGCAGACGCUUCGCAGGACGUAGCCGAGACGCUGGACGAAAGGCCCGCCGCCCCGGUCGAGGCUGUUCCUGAAGCUGAGAGCUCGGGAGACGCGCCUUUAGAUAUUAUUUCCGAGCCCACCACGGACAAGAAAAGUAUUGAGAGCUCUGACGUGGUCGAGGAGUCCGAGAAGGCAGGAGAGCAGGACGAGCAGAAGCAACAGCAGGAGAAGGGAGAGGAGAAGGCUGAGGAGGAAGAGGAGGGAGCUGAGGAAGAGCAGGAAGCUGAGAAGGAAGAGCAGGAAGAAGAGAAGGAAGAAGAGAAGGUGGAGAAGGCAGAGGGUGCAGAGAAGCCCGCUCCCUCUCAGAACGAGGAACAGGUUGCCGCUCCUGUCGAGAAGCUGAUCGAGGAGAUGGAGCAACUGGACAUUAACGGUGAGAACGCCAAGGCGACUGCGCCGGUGGCUGAGGAUGAGGAAGCGACAAAGGGGAAGCCAGCGGAGGAGGAGGAGCACAUUGAGAAGGCUACAGUGGAGGCAUAA